ACUCGCACACACUAAACACAGACAAAACCCUCGCCAAAGAUCUCGGCCGCCGUACCAGCAGCAGUAGGAACCUGAAAAUGGAGACGGCCAGAACUGUGAAAGACGUUUCACCUCAUGAGUUUGUCAAGGCGUACGCCGCUCACCUCAAGCGCUCCGGCAAGAUGGAGCUUCCACAUUGGACUGAUAUUGUCAAGACUGGUACUUUCAAGGAGCUUGCACCAUAUGAUCCUGAUUGGUACUACAUCAGAGCUGCAUCCAUGGCAAGGAAGAUUUAUUUGAGGGGAGGGCUCGGUGUUGGUGCUUUCCAGAGAAUCUACGGUGGGAGCAAGAGGAACGGUAGUGCCCCACCUCAUUUCUGCAAGAGCAGUGGUGGUGUUGCUCGCCACAUUCUUCAGCAGCUGCAGACCAUGAACAUUGUUGACUUUGACGCAAAGGGUGGGAGGAAGAUUACAUCGAAUGGACGAAGAGAUCUUGAUCAAGUUGCAGGAAGAAUAGUGGUGGUUAGCCCUUGAGAGAGGUUGCAAUGGAGGUUACCCGUGUUGGACCAGAGUUAGUUUACUGGUAAAUCUAUUUUCUGCAAUGUUUCAUCUGUGUUAUUUUUGUCAGUUAGUUUUCACCUUUUUACCCAGAGAUCCCAUUUCAUGUACUGAGAUUAUGGUUUUGUUUCAUGGUUACUGAGCAGUAAUACUUCUAAUCUUUUGUCAA